AUGAAGCUGAACUGGCUAACUCAGCGCUGCCAGCUGCCGGCUGCCCAGGGCUGCUCCCGUCCGGGGUGUUUCACUUUGCUGCUGGUAAUAACUCUGUCUUUACUGAUGUACCCAGUGCUGAAGAGUCUAGGUCUUCAGCUGCACUCUGCAGUCACUGGCAGCUAUAUCUCGGGAACCCAGUCCAUUGCUUUCGUUAACUGUCCCAAUGAACAAGUUGCAAAGGAUAUUGCAAGGGCCAUUAUGGAUAAAAAGCUGGCUGCCUGCGUGAAUAUCCUGCCGAAGGCCUCGUCUAUGUAUUUUUGGAAAGGGGAAAUAGAAGAAGCCACUGAAAUACUUCUAUUAGUGAAAACCAGGACGUCAAAAAUAAGUGAAUUAUCGGACUACAUCAGAUCCAUGCAUCCCUUUGAGAUUCCUGAAUUUAUCAGCCUGCCUAUAGACCAAGGAAACCCCCUCUAUUUAAAAUGGAUUGAAGAAGGUGUCCCCGAUGACUAG